CGCCCGGGAGCCGCGAGAUCCGGUUCCCGUGCCUCCCCCGGGAGCCCCGAGCCGGGGCCGGGCCGGGGAGCCGAGAGCCACCCCCGCCAGCAGGGCUCGGGCCGGGGGAGGCACGGCCGGGCGCCCUCGAGAGGGGCCGGGCGGGGACGCGGCAUUCCUCAAGUCCGCUCGGCGGAGCCAGGAGGUGGCCGGGAGCGCGGCGGGGAGCCCGCGCGACCCGCCGGCCGGGGGAAGCCGGCAACCUGGAGCCCCUGCGGGACGAGGUCCCGGGGAUCCCCGCGGAAAGAGCCCCGCGUGAAAGUCGGGGAGAGCGAGUCCGAGGCGGGGAGCGGGCUUGCGGGAGGGGGACGCGGCGCGCGGGGAGGAGGGGGCCCGGGAGGAAGAGGGGAGAAGGGCGGGGAGCCCGAGGCCGGGCCGGCGGGAGGCGAGGGGGAGGCCGACACCUCGGGCCCGCCGCGCUCCCGCCCCGGCCCGCCGGGAGGGGAGGGCGGGAAGGAGGGCGGGCGGGAGGAGGGGAGGGCGGAGGGCAGAGCCGAGCCUGGCUGGGCCGGGCCGGGCCGGGCUGCGGGACCCGCGGCUUCCUCGCUGCGCGCCGCGCGGCCGGAGCCCACCAUGCUGCCCGCGGCCGGGGAGCCCGCGGCAGGGGACUCGUGGGGGCUGCUAGCUUGCCUGUGCACUGUGCUCUGGCACCUCCCCGCAGUGCCGGCCCUCAAUCGCACAGGGGACCCGGGGCCUGGUCCCUCCAUCCAGAAAACCUAUGACCUCACCCGCUACCUGGAGCACCAACUCCGCAGCUUGGCUGGGACCUACCUGAACUACCUGGGCCCCCCCUUCAACGAGCCUGACUUCAACCCGCCUCGCCUGGGGGCAGAGACUCUGCCCAGGGCCACCGUCAACCUGGACGUGUGGCGGAGCCUCAACGACAAACUGCGGCUGACCCAGAACUAUGAGGCCUACAGCCACCUGCUGUGCUACCUGCGGGGCCUCAACCGCCAGGCCGCCACGGCCGAGCUGCGCCGCAGCCUGGCCCACUUCUGCACCAGCCUCCAGGGCCUGCUGGGCAGCAUCGCGGGCGUCAUGGCGGCCCUGGGCUAUCCACUGCCCCAGCCUCUGCCGGGCACUGAGCCCACCUGGGCCCCUGGCCCUGCCCACAGCGACUUCCUCCAGAAGAUGGACGACUUCUGGCUGCUAAAGGAGCUGCAGACCUGGCUGUGGCGUUCAGCCAAGGACUUCAACCGGCUCAAGAAGAAGAUGCAGCCUCCUGCGGCGGCAGUCACCCUGCACCUGGAGGCCCACGGCUUCUGACCUCUCACCUUCCCCACCUCCCCUCUCGCCUCCUCCUUUAAGCCCUGCUCCUGCUGGGGAAGGGAGAAACCUGUGCGCCCUUGCUGAGCCAGGAGACAGAAGCCAGGAGGCUCUGGCCCUCUCCGGACUUGGAAGGGGGUGCGAUGCAGUAAGGCCUGUCCCUUCCCGCUUCCCAAAGUCGUGCAGGUCUGGGGAAGAGGCCCAAGAGCUCCUGUCCAGUUACCACAGGAAGGAGUGCUCACCGGCCCGAAGGGGUGCCAGCUGGUGCAAAGGCUCUCACAGCUUCCUGCGACCUGCCCAGCACUCGCCGGUGCCACACGGCCCCUCUCAAGUGGCACUUCCGGGAAGCGUGCCUGUAGGACGGGGAGGGGGGCCAUCAUGGCCCCCAUGUUUCUGGGGUGAAGCCCUCCGGCUGCCCCGCUCUUCUUCAAUAGGUGUUGCUCCCCUAUCCCCAAAUAACUCGCUACACUCGAUUCAGGAAGCUCACACAGUGGCAAGUCCAAACAGGGAGAAACAGGAUUUAAAGGUGGAAGAGGCAGGGUCUGCAUUGGAGGUCAGACUGAAAGCACAGGGCCAGGGACAGGCCGGCCCCAGGGGUCACCAAGGCAGUCGGUGGCACAGGAUGGCAGCCAAAAGGACCUUGCUUUGCAUCUUGUCGCCGGCAUCACGGUGCCUCCUCCCCACCCUCUUUCUGGGCCGGCUGUGGGUUGCCCAGGCUGGGGAAGGCAACCAGAGCCACCGGCGCAGGGUUCCCUGAAAGUUUACAUUGCAAUAGCAUUUGCAGGGUGGGGGGGGCAGCUCCCCCUGGGCCCUGCCCCCAGCCUCACCCACUCAUGACUCUAAGUUUGUUGUAUUAAUAUUUAUUUAUUUGGAGAUGUUAUUUAUUAGAUGAUAUUUAUUGCAAAAUUUCUAUUCUUGUAUUAACGAAUAAACUGCUUGCC